AUGGAGUCAAGUAGCAACAGGACAGAGCAAUUGUUCAACACUCAAAAUACUGCGGCGAGUAUCAUCCUGAGCCUAGCUUGCUUCGUGGGAGUGCCAGGGAAUGCACUGGUCAUCUGGAUUAUACUUUUCGCCAUGAAGAAACAAAGAUCCCCCACUGUAAUGCUCAUCCUGAAUUUGGCAAUAGCUGAUGAGCUUGUUCUGAUUACUUUGCCUCUGUGGAUCUACACCUUUGUGAAUGGCUGGACCAUUGGACAACCACUUUGCAAGUUCCUGAGCUACAUCAUCUACUGCAACAUGUACAUAAGCAUUUUUCUCAUCACUGUGAUGAGUAUUGAACGCUUCUUGGCUGUCAUUUACCCGUUUGCCAGCCAUCGAUGGAGGAGGAACACAGUUGUCAUGAAGGUGGUGUUUAUUGUCUGGGUUUUGGCUUUGCUCUUUUCAAUUCCUACUCUUAUUUACCAGGUGGUGGAUGCUGAUGAGACUGGACGGCAGUACUGCCUGUACAUGCAGUUUGAAACUGAUAAGGAGGAAAUCUUAUACACAGUGUUACAAACUUUGGUUGCUUUUGUUAUUCCCUUUACAGUGCUGUCCAUUUGUUACUUUUGCAUUGGGAGGAAGGUGAAACGCAUGAGCUUUCAAACCAAAAACAGAACUGGGGUGGUGAUUGGCAGCGUGGUGAUUGUGUUUUUCAUCUGCUGGGUACCUCACAAUGUCUUAAAUAUGAUUUCAAUCGCAGCCCUGAUGACUAGUGCAUCAAAUGAAGCCAUAUCGGAAACAUUAAAUGAUAUCUAUACUGGUGGCGUCUUCAUUACUGGAGCUCUAGCUUUCAUCAACAGCUGCAUCAAUCCUGUAUUGUACGCGUUUGCUGCCCGGAAAAUUCGUGAUGGUUUUCAAAUAUCAGCCCUGACCAAGUUAUUUGACCAGCUGACCCAUUCUCAUAAAGAAGAAUCAAGAAAAGAAUGCACGGAUAACACCAGAAAAGAUACAAGUGUCACCAUGGAGGAGAUGGACUGUUUGCAGGAUACCUAAAUGUACCAUUUGUUUUUUUUUCAACAAAACAAAUUUAGGUAAAAUUUCCUGUUGAAUAACUUGCACCCUCACCACUCCACGUCUAUUUGUUCUUUUCCAUCACCACUGCUGCUCUCUACCAUGUAGCAACUGUUGUCAAGAGGAAAAUUCUGGGCUUCCUCUUGUAUAGAUGAAGGGAAAGAACCCUGACACAUCUAUUCACCUGUCCCAUAUUUCAUUGAAACCUCCAUACAAUACAACAGCUGAGGCAGAGAAAUGGUCAACGUGGGACACUUAUUCCAAGGCUCUGGUCACCCAGUAUUACAUGCCAUUGUUGUUCUUAAAUGUUCUUCCCUCGAACCGACUGGCUGAGAAAUUACUAUAAUUAAAGUUAGAUGAUUACGGUUAGUGUUAAGAUUGCAGCAGAAUCUUUUACCCUCUUCAGAUUCCUUAUCAUUCAUGCACUUCUUUCUUUCAUGUGACUAUUUGGUUAAAAUGUGUUACAUUUCACAGAUGUGUGCCUUGUCUUCAGGUGACAAAUUUCUCUUUGUCCAGCUUACCAUUCAGUACCCAAACUCUUAUCCAUAGUGAGGUACCCUGACUGUGAUUAGAAUGUUUAACCACCGAUGCUACCAGCAUUUAGCUGAUAAUUAAGAAUAAUUAAAUAAAAAUGAUAUAUCUUCAGAAGUGCCAUCACUACUAAUAGCACACAGAACUUUACCCUGUUGUUAUUGGUUGCUAACGUGUCUUUCCUUCAUUUGGGAGGGCAGGAACAGUCAGAGCCAGAGCUUUUCAAUGGCAGCUACAAUUACCAGUUAACUGGGGUGUCAAUAGUGGCUGGGUGCAACUCUUGCAGCUGCUUCCUGCCACCUUUCUUACUGAGAUGAAAUCUGUUCAUUAAUAUGUGGGAAAAUGGGGUUAUCUGAAAAGAAAGCAGACAAAUUCAACCAGGACUCGAUCGUAAGUCUAACGCUAAAUAAUGGAAAUAGCCUGUUUAAUGUGAAUCACUUUCACAGUGACUUAAGCUUCCAGCAUUAUCCGUCACAUUCGUUUCUUACAGCAGAAAUGUGUUGCAAUUUACA